AUGUCGUUCGUGGCUUCCACGAAGUCACGAGGCUCGGGUAGCAUAAUAAGCAGCACUGACGAGUCAUCGUACAGCGACACUUCCAGUGAUGGACCGAGCACUGUGACCUUGGCGAAGGCAGCAGUUGUCCUUCUGAGGUUGAAAGGUAUUAUGUCGCAGCAAAUGCCUAAGGUAAAUUCUCCUUGUCUCAUUCCUAAGCUAUCUAGAGCCCAAUGGAUGCAGCUUACCCUUAUCGACCAAACCAAAUGUAUAGACAAUUUGCGCAUAACGCGUGAUGCCUUCAUGCAUUUGCAUGACACCCUGCUGCCGUUUGGCCUGCCAUCAACAGAUAAGUGCACCUUGGUAGAAGCUCUAGGCAUGUACAUCUGGACCUGUGCCCACCAAUCUGCAAGUAGAGAGUACAAAGAUAGGUUUGAAAGGUCUUUAGAUACAGUUAGCAGAAAGAUAACAGCAGUUGCAGAGGUCAUGUAUAGGUGGGCAAAUACUGUCCUAGUGCCAGCAGAUAGCAACUACGCACGCGUAAGCCACAAACUUGCUGCAUAUGCACCAUGGUUUGAUGGAUGCAUAGGUGAUAUAGAUGGCACGCACAUAAAGGUUGAGGUUAACCGUGAAGCAAAGGCUGAUUUCUUCAAUAGGAAAGGCGAAACAACAAUUAAUGUUUGUGCCAUCGUGGAUAUGGAUGGCCGUUUCACAUACGUGGGGGCCGGGAAGGCGGGGGCAUGUCAUGACAUGGCGGUGUUGAAAGACUGUCAGGGCGACGGCCGAUACUACCUGGCGGACGCGGGUUACAUGGACAUGCCAGGUUACAUGACCCCCUUCAGAAACACAAGUGAAAGCAUUGAAUUAGAUCAAAUCUUCACUAGGCCUGUUGUUAAGUGUUUGUUGGUUCAAACAUCUCAGGAUAUUGUCAAGAUGUUUGCACUUUAG